CAUUCUAAACAUGUUCAGCGGAAUCAAGUUCUUCCCACCAAAACUCCCCAAGCAUGCCUUUCCCCAGCCUGAUCUCACAAGGUUGAAAACAUCACCAGUGUCUUGGCAAGAACCACAAACAGCAGUGAGAAAGUCAACACACAGAAAGUGAACUGGUCACCACAGGAAAGACGCAUUGAAUUUCUGCACUUUUCUCCUCAGGAUGGAACAUAUUCUCAAUGUUUGGCUUCUAGGCACAUUUUGUAUCCUUGUGACAGCACAAGAACGUCACGGAUGUGUCAUUUCUGAGCUGGGUCCCAACAUUGAAGCAACGGAAUACCGGAACAUCUUUAUGCCCGGUCAAGAGUUAGUGCUGUCUUGUAAACUGGGAUACACGUCCAUUUUGGGCCCUCGGACAAUUGUAUGUACAGAAGACGGAGAGUGGACUGUAACCAAAUUCAAGUGCAUUGCAAAGCGUUGUCCUAAUCCUGAUCCACUGUCUAAUGGAGAUCUGUACUAUGAGGAUACGGUGUACCAGAGCACAAUCAACUAUACCUGUCACAAGGGGUACACCCUCUCUGGACCCAAAAAUGCAAAAUGCCAAGCUGACGGAACAUGGAGCACACGAGUUCCAGAAUGCAAACCUGUGUCUUGUGGGCUUGCUCCAAUCCCAAAGUUUGGUCUUAUCAGUUUUAACAAGAAAAUAAGUGGAAACGCGACAUAUUUUGGCACUCAUGGGACAUAUAAGUGCCUGCCUCCGUAUGUCCUCUUUGGAAACGCACACGCUGAGUGCACGGCCAGUGGCAACUGGACCAAGACACCUGAAUGUCGAGUGGUUACGUGUCCUCCACCGGAGAACAUUUUCAACGGUUACAUGUCGAGCAAUGACCAGAGACGUUACAACUUCAUGGAGACGGUGCAGUACGGCUGCAAUGGUGACUAUAUGCUGCAAGGAAGCUUCCAAAUUUCUUGCCAGAAGAAUGGAGAUUGGUCUGAAAAACCAGCCUGUAAAGCUCCUUGCCACAUUGACAUAGGAAGAGGAAGAAUAUUAUACAAAGAAAAAAAACUCUGGAUUGGAGAUCUCGACCCAAACAAAGUCUUCCAUAAUGACAUUGUGUCAGUCUAUUGCUUGGACAAAGUCAGGAAAUGCGGCUAUGCUGUGUCAACUCAGUGCAUCGAUGGAAAUCUCAAAAUCCCUGAAUGCUUCGAAGAGCCAAGCCGAAUUGAAUAUACCUUUCAUUCUGGUUCACUUCCUUCAGAAAUACAGCAGUGCUGAGACGUAACAGAUCUCUUCUCUGAUGGUGAUUAUUAAAUCAAUGUAAUACUCACAGGAUUACUACAGUAUUGUGCUGGUCUCCAAAAAUAAAGUACAUUUUGGGGCUUAA